UAUUUCCAAAACCCUCCCCCCUCCAUCAACUACCCCUUAAUCUCCAUACGUUCCACCAAACCCAUUUCCGCCAUUUCAGUUGCACCUCCAUUUAGUUGUACAGGCUCCAUUUUCAUUUUGUUCUUUCGCUUUCAGUCUCUGAAAAGCAUUAACCGAUAAAUGGCGACCGGCUUGAUCAGACGGGCAAUAGCUAGGGUUCCGGCGUCGGUGCCGACGGCGAGAGUAAUCCUCAACCGGGUCCACUCCUCGGAGGCCAAGGCCCAAUUGGUGGAACCAAGUUCGAAGCCCACAAGCAACAUCAAGACCUUCCAAAUCUACAGAUGGAACCCGGACAGUACUCAGAAGCCGGAGCUGCAAAAUUACGAGGUUGACCUCAAGGAGUGUGGACCAAUGGUCCUGGAUGCUCUAAUCAAGAUAAAAAACGAGGCCGACCCUACAUUGACAUUCCGGCGAUCUUGCCGUGAGGGAAUCUGCGGUUCGUGUGCUAUGAACAUCGACGGCCGGAAUGGGCUAGCCUGUUUGACAAAGAUCCCAUCUGGUGGGGCAUCUAUGAUUACUCCCCUGCCCCAUAUGUUUGUGAUCAAGGAUCUUGUUGUGGAUAUGACUAAUUUUUAUAACCAAUAUAAGUCUAUUGAGCCGUGGCUGAAGAGGAAAAACCCGCCAGAGAAUGCCGGGAAAGAGAUUCUGCAGAGUAAGGACGAUAGAAAGAAACUCGACGGGAUGUAUGAGUGCAUUUUGUGCGCCUGCUGUAGCACAUCCUGCCCCAGCUACUGGUGGAAUCCCGAGUCUUAUCUCGGCCCUGCUGCCCUAUUGCAUGCCAAUCGAUGGAUAAUGGAUAGCCGUGAUGAAUACACCAAAGAGCGCCUUGAGGCAGUAAAUGAUGAGUUCAAGUUAUAUCGGUGCCAUACCAUUUUGAACUGUGCUAAAGCUUGCCCAAAGGGACUGAAUCCUGGAAUGCAAAUCCAGAACAUCAAGAAACUUGAGCGCACUGGAUUUUAAGUUCCUGGGCAGAUACAAAUCUAGAUUUCUGCACGAUUUUGUAUCAGUGAUUGAGUUUGAGUAUUGUGUGGGAAAUAAUUUGUUAUUUUCUGAAAUAAAAUGACUGAGCUUUAUAGUUCUGUUAAUUGAUUGGGGAUAAAUAGAUUUUUUUUAAAUUUUUUAUUUUUAUUUAUUGACAUUCUCGA